UUUUCAUUUUUACCUUGAUUCCCUUGAUGGCCGUUGUCGUUGUAGUAUGAAUACUUCUCUUCUUCAGGUGAGAGCACUUGUUGGGAUUCGGUGAAGAAUGGCCGCUAGGAGAGAGAUUAGACAUAUACUACCUUUGAAAGGUUAUCUCCAGAGCAAAGCGUCAUCUGCCUUUGGCCGAUGGAGUCGCCAAUCGUCAACCACAGUGAUACUCUACGCCCUGCCGCUAGUCUUGUUGAUAGUCUUAACGCGUGAUAAUGAAGGGCAGCGAUCUACCGACCUGGUAGCCCAGAAAGUGGCAGAAAUCUACGAAAACGACCACGUCAUCAUCGCUGGAGUUGGCAAUCGAUCUCAAUAUGAGUACUGGGAUCGGCCGGAUCGUCACGUCGAUCUAGCCUUGAUCCGCGGCGACGAAGAGAAGGGCAUUCCGGCUCUCAAGACGAUUCUCUUCUGGAACGGCCUGUUUUACUAUCCAGACUACGCCUUUGGCAGAGGACGGCAACCUUUCAUCGAUGCCAAAUGCCCCGUCACCACAUGCCUGGCCACCGACGAUCCUUACUUACUGGACUCGGUGGACCAGUACGACGCCGUCAUGUUUCACUGGCCAUCACUUUGUGACUAUCCAUAUGUUGCAUCCCGUUCCGAACAUCAGCUUUUCGUCAUGGUCUCGGACGAGUCACCUCAGUGGCGUUUUUCGGGGUACAAGCUGCCAUUCUACAAAGAUUUUUUCAAUCUGACCAUGACGUAUCGGAGAGACUCGGACAUUGAAUGGCCGUACGGACAGGUGGAGGUUUUGCCUUCAGCGCCCAUCGGUGAAGAGGAACUGUUGAUUGCCCGUCGCAACGUUACCCGUAACUACGCGGCCGGAAAGAGCAAAUUGGCCGUUUGGUUUGUCUCCCACUGCAAAACUGACUCUCGGCGAGAAUUCUACGUUCACGUUCUAAAGCAGCACAGUCGCAUCGACAUUUUCGGCAAGUGCGGUAAACCGUUUUGUUCAUUCGAUCAACUGAACGAUUGCUACCAGCGGAUCGAGAUCGAUUACAAGUUCUACCUCUCUUUCGAAAAUUCUCUCUGCCGCGAUUACAUAACCGAAAAAUUCUUCAAUCUUCUCGAUCGAAAUAUCGUCCCCAUCGUCUACGGAGCGGGCAACUAUGAAGCCAUUGCGCCGCCACACUCUUACAUCGACGCCCUUAAAUACACGCCAGUUCAAUUGGCGAAAUACCUCGACAUUCUCGACAAAAACGAUACCCUCUACAACGAGUACUUUUGGUGGAAACCUUUCUACAAGUUAGUAGGACUAAAUAAUAUUUUAAAAUUAUAUCCCUUAGAAUCUUUUCAUUCUUGUAAUAGAUCGCAUUACGACUACAAAGAGAUGGCCAACAUUGCGUUUUGUCAGCUUUGUCAGCAGCUCAAUCAACCCCGGACACAUGUUCAAUGGUAUCACGACAUUGACGCGUGGUAUGACGGUGGAAAUCAUUGCCACAAACCUAAUCGCUUCAAAGUCCCCAUCAAACAAUUCGACUUUGAUAAUUACACCAUACCCGCUGAUGCAGUUGUUAAAAUUCCGUUGUAGGAAUUAAUAAUUUCACGAUGGAUUUCUUUUUAUCUCCCUUCGGGCCGCUCAUUUCGUGAGUCAGUUGUACUCAAAGGUUUUCUUCGAGGAACAAAAGACAAUAUGUUCCAGAUCAGAAGAGAAACCGCAAUGAAAACCGCAUGUUCCGUGCGCGACUUAUUUUUUUUUUUUUCUCCUGGCUUUUUCUUGUUUUUUUAUGAUUUUGCCUGUGUGAAAAAUGUCGUUGUAAAAUAUUUACAAUUAUAAAAUGAUUUUUCUAUACACGUGAUCGCUGUUGUGUA